CGUCGUUUGGUCGCGCACCUCGCCGCCGGCGAGGUUCUCCACUUAGGCCACCUCGCCGCCGUAGGAAUUUGCGCUCUAGGAGAGACAGAGUUGCGCAAGGGAGGCUUUCUUCGUCGACUCCGGCGGCGCGGUUGCGGCUCUUGGGAGCUUCCCCGAGCUGCGGGGAGCGGCGGCGAUGAGGGAGGCCGUGACGGUGCAGGUUGGCGGCUUCGCCAACUACGUCGGCUCCCACUUCUGGAACUUCCAGGAUGAGUUGCUCGGGCUCGCCGACGACCCCGACGUCGACCCGGUGUUCAGGACCGCCGCGCUGGACAUGGACGUCCUCUACCGCACCGGCGAGACGCACCAGGGUGUUCCCACCUACUGCCCUCGAUUGGUUUCUGUUGGUUCUCGAGGGUCUCUUGGCUCUCUGAGUUCAUCCGGAAAUCUCAGUCAGACAAGUGCUCCUGCAGAUCAGCUUGAUAUUAUUACAUGGUCUGGAAAUGUAACAAAAUCAGUAUCAAAACCUCAUGGGCGGAACCUGUUUCUGCAAAGCUUAGUUGAAGAAGGGCAGAAUCCAAGCACUAGUAAUGGUGGCAGCAACUCCCAGAAAAGUGUUGAAGAUAAGGAUCUGAUAGAAUGCCUAGAGAAUGGUGUCAACUUUUGGACAGAUUAUUCAAAAGUUCAGUAUCAUCCUCAGAGUUUAUACGAGUUACAUGGGUCAUGGACAGACUUUGACAAGUUUGAUAACUAUGGCAGCGCACAAGAAGUGGUUUUGGACUGGUCGCAAAUAGAGGAAAUGAAUGAGAGGCUAAGAUUCUUUGUUGAAGAAUGCGACCAUAUUCAGGGCAUCCAGUUUAUCGUGGAUGAUUCAGGAGGUUUUUCCAGUGUAGCUGCACGGUUUCUGGAGAACAUUGCUGAUGAUUACACAAAUACACCUGUAUUGCUUUACUGUGUGAGGGAUCCAGUGACCCUUGGAUCCUCCAGGAAUAAAAGGGAAUCCAUUACGAGAUCUUUGCAUGACGCUGUUUCAUUUGCAAAACUUUCGUCCUAUUGCAACCUGAUGGUACCCAUAGGACCGCCUUCAUUGAGUAGAAGUUACUUGUCACCUUACCUUUAUAUACAGGAUGAGAAACCAUUCCACUCUAGUGCUGUUUGUGCUGCAGCAAUACAUUCAGUUACUGUUCCAUUUAGACUAACACGCUUGGGCCCAAGUUCCAACUUAGCACAUUCAUCUGGUAAUCUUGACAUCGGCGAACUUGUGCACAUAUUGUCUGAUCAAGGAAGGCUGAACAUGAUUACUGCUCUGGAUGUAGCAAUGCCUGCCCCUUCUUUGACAGAUAGAGAUGCUAUGGGGAAUAUAGAGAUGAAGCUGCAAUCUUUGACCCCUGAAAUCAGGGAUGAAGACGAAGACCCUUAUUCAGUUGAAUCACUGGUGAUUCAUGGAGCUAUUGAUAGAGGUGGGCAAAGGACUUCCAUAUCACAAGUGAAGGACUCGGUCUGUUCGGUCUACGAAGGCAGAGAGACAAGGGCAAAGUUUUCCCAUCUCGCAGUAUCAAUGUGUCCCCUCCCUGUCCCCCUUCCAUUCCCAUCGAUCUUCAGAGGCAACAUUGGCCGGCAUGGGGAGAUCCUCGGUGACAAUUCAGAAGGAACCCAGCCAAAGGGCUCAAUCGACAUCGAAUCGGUACCAAUGGCAGCACGCCUACGGUCGAGCAGCGCUGUCCUGCCUUUCAUAGAGAGGCGAUCGGGGAGCCUCCAGAAGCACGGCGUCGCAAGAGGCUCCGUUGGGUCUCAGGUCCUCCGCGACUGGGGCUUUGGGAGGGAGGAGGUUCAAGACAUGGGGGAGCACCUAGCCAAGUUGCUCCGCCCAUUUUAUCCUGAAAUGGAUCUAACCUCAGAUUCGGACUAGAUGCAUCAUCUUCACCUGUAAUGAAGCUAACUCCGGAAUCCAACUCGAUCAUCUUCUAAAAUUCCACUGUGAGGAUCAAGCUGGAGACUUAGGGAUCACAGGAUGAACUCUUGAUCCAUCUGUUGCAAUGUAUGUGGAUUGUAGUAAUACAGUUUUCUUUUCAAAGGAUUUUCAGAUGCUGAAAUUGAUGCUCAUGUGGGAUGUGGCUGCUGUGAGAUCAAGAAUGAGAGAUCUGAAUCUAUGCUGUGGUGGAUUUUCUUUGUCUGUGCAUGUGCAUUUGAGCACGGGAGUAGGCUGUGGAUGCCACAUGCUGCUGCCGUGACAUUCUGCAGUGUUUCAGGUCAUGUCCAGAUCAACCGGGCCCUGAUU